GUUUCACCGUGUCGCUUUAGCCUAUUUGUAAAGACCAAGGCGUUAGCUCCGUGGCUUCUAAAAACAAGUAAAAUUAGUAGUCAGAGCCACAACUAUUUAUGUAACUGGUAUAUAUAAACAAAAUAAAUUUAUGUAUCAGUGAAUAUGGCUGGAGCACCAAGUGACUGGCAGCUUUUAUGUACCGAGAUGAAGCAGCGCGGGGGUCACCUCUUGAAUUCGGGACAGUGGUCCGAUUGUACAUUCCUGGUUGGCACAGAACCAAAUCAAGUUAUGGUUUCUGGUCACAAGCUCAUCCUUGCUAUGGCUUCUCCAGUGUUUGAGGCCAUGUUUUAUGGUGGCAUGGCUGAACGAAAUGAUCCCAUACCCAUACUGGAUGUUCAGCCAGAAGCAUUUAAAGCUUUACUAGAAUAUAUUUAUACAGACAAUAUAAACAUAAGUUCAUUUGACAAAGCAUGUGAGCUGUGCUAUGGAGCAAAGAAAUACAUGCUGCCACACCUGGUGAAAGAAUGCACAAGAUAUCUAUGGUCUGAUCUUUACCCAAGAAAUGCAUGUAGAGCGUAUGAAUUUGCAAGACUCUUUGAAGAAAAUGUGCUCAUGGAAAAAUGUAUACAGAUAAUUAGCACUAAUACCAAAGAAGUGUUGAAUGACUGCAGUUUUGAGGAAGUAGAAUUAAACACAGUGAUCACAGUAUUAUCAUUAGACCAUCUGAAUAUUGAUAGUGAGCUGGAUCUAUUUGAGGCUGUUGUGCGUUAUGCUAAGGCUCAUGAGAGAAGAGGUGUGGAGCGCAGUGCAAGCCCUACUGUGGAUAGUGGGCCUCCAUCUGAGAAGAAAAGUAAAAGCCCGGUACCAUCCACUUCAAAUGAAAAUGAGGUAAAUGUUGAUGGAAGCAUUGAGAAUAGCCUCGAAAGUACUUCAGAACCUCGCAAGGCUCCUGAACCGGAGUCUACUCCUGGAUCUUCCAGUGAUGACAGCAAGAAAAAUAAAGGUAAUAUACUACAAAUCCAGUAUAAAUUAGCAAAAAAAGAUAGUGUUUAAGAUGGUAUCCAAACCAUACUGCUAUACUCGAAAAUGCAGACCUAUUUUAUAAAUGAACAAGACUUCCUGGGCAUUUAAAACUUUUGGUAAAGAGUGACCAAAAGUUUUAAAUGCAUAAAUCGUAGAAUUUAUUUAGCUACUA